UUAUGGUCAAUCGAAUUGGCGGGCAAAACGUGACAGUAACUCCUGAUGUUAAAUAUUAUUUUUUCAAUUUUGUGUAACAAAUAAUUUUGUUGAUUUGUAUAUAAUUUAUAAAUCGUUAAUAUAUAUCAGAGUUUGUGAUAUUAUGGUACAGUAAUUAAAUUGAAAAUUAGCUGCUUGAUGAUCAAAACAAACAGAAUAUGUUCUCGCAAAUUUUUAUAAAGAAUGUUACGACUAUGAGAAAAAUUAUUGCCUAAGAAAUUGUGAAAUUACAGUAUAAUUGUCGACACUUUGACAGUUCAUACGUGUCUUCAAGAAAACAUAAUUUAGCUAUGGACAACGACAGUGAUUCGGACGUAGGUGAUUUGCUAAAUGACCUCCUUGAAAGCAAUGACGACACCGGACUUGGACUCGAUCAAAAGCAAAAAACUGCUCUUAAAGAACUAGACUUCAAUUUCCUCGAAGCUGAAACAAAUUCGGUCAAAAAAUCUUCGCCAAAAAAACUCCUCACAAGCUUAGUUCACGAUGAUAACCUGGAUUCCUCCGACGAUGAAGAAAAGCGAAACGCCUUUGAACAAAACUAUUCCGAAUCGGGCCGUAAUUUAAAAUCUUUACUGAAAAAAAUCGAGAUUGAGAAACAUAAUCAGUCUAUCACCAUAGAAGUUUUACGUGAUAGUAAAAACUCUUUAGAUAUCAACAGUACGCAGACCAACAACUUAUCUCAAUCCAAAAGCUUUUCCCUAUCAACAUUAUCUCAGGUAAAACGAACGAACACUUCUUCCCUCCUAACAACUUCAAAUUCCUCAGCACUCUCUUCAGUUGACGUCUACAGCGACCCAGUUUUUGGUCUCCGAAUAAUAAAACCUCUGGUCUCCUCUUCCGAGCUUCAAAGUCUGAUGCUGGGCAAAACUCCGGUAAAAAUUUCAAAAGUGAAAACCCACCUAGCCACUGCAAAUCUCGAAGGCGACUGGGUAAUUGCCGGAGUCUUGAUUAGCAAAUCCCCAACGAUGAAAUCGCAAAAAGGAAACAAUUACUGCAUCUGGAAGCUGAGCGAUCUCUCCUUCGACAUGAACGUCGUCACUCUUUUCCUCUUUAGCGAUGCUUACAAGAAAUUUUGGAAAACCGCUGCUGGUACAGUUCUCGGUGUCAUGAAUCCAAAUGUUCUCGAGUCCAAGGACGAAAAAGAUCUGGCGACUUUAUCAACCGAUUCCGCUGGGAAGGUCCUGAUCCUCGGGACUUCAAAGGACAUGGGAGUCUGUAAAUCAGUCACCAAAGCUGGAAACCCCUGCACAGCGGUUGUAAAUCGCAACAAGUGCGAAUAUUGUGUUUAUCAUGUCCAAAAGGAAUAUAAACAAUGUUCCCGUCGAGCAGAUCUUCAAUCGAGUGGAAAUGGAAGAAGUUUGGGAUCACCUUUAAAUGCGAAAGGCUUCGCUCCAAAGAAGAUACAACCUGCGAUUACUCAAGGCCAACCACAUAAUUUUUUUGGAGUCCCUGCUAAGAGAAAUGCGAAACUUGAUCAAAAAGAUCGAGAGCGAUUGGCUCUGCUCACUGGUGCGAAGAAGAUUGAGAAAAAGGAAGACAAUCCGGAAAAAGAAAAGCAAUUUGUUGAUACAAACUUGGAAGGUAAAAGUGUAGAAGAGAAAAAUCCAGAGAAGAAAAAGCAUAUGGUGGAGUUGACGAGCAACCAGGCGAAGAAGGACUUUGAUAGACUCAAUAAAUUGAAAAAACUGGCUAGCAAAGCUGAAAGUGAGAGUCAGGCUUCCAGAGAGGAAUUUUUAUCACAAAAUAAAUCUCCAGGCAAUUUGACGAAUCUAGCUUCUCCGAGGAAGGAAGGAUUUACUCUCAGCAAAUUGCAAGAAAUGAAGGAUGAGAGUGCAGCUCCAUUUUCCAAAACUCCAGGAUUCACUAGAAGUAAAUUACAAGAGUGGUCAGUGAAGCAGGGAUAUGGAACUUCUUCACAGGAUAAGAAUUCUGCACCCAGUAUUGCAAAACCUUUCAAUCUAAAUGGUCUCUCAAGGUCUUCUAAGUCUUCCACGUCUCUCUCAAAGUCGAAAUCUCUUGAACAAUCUUUCGGUCCAAUAAAAAAUGCUCUUGAUUCUCCUGCUUUCAGUUCUCCAAGUGUUCCUCGUCUAGGAAACGGAGUCAUGUCUGGAAGCAUCGACUUUUCGGUACCGAUCAGCAAGAAACAAGUCGAUGUUGCAAAGUUGAAUGCUCUGAAAUUUGUUCGACAGAAAGGAGGAUUCAGCAAGUCGAAUGUCAAUAAAAUCCUCGAGAGCAAAGAAAAGAAGGAACAGAAUCUGAAACGAAAACGAGAUCCAGAUGAUGUGGAGAUGGAUGAUAAGAAACUGAAGGAAGCUAAGAAGCUUUCGGAAAAAUUCAAGCAAUUGAUGGAAGCUACUUCUGCUCAUGUGAAUCUCAUCGAAAAGUCGGAGGAAGAGGAGAAAGAAAAAUAUUUUGGAAAACUGGAGAUAAAGGAAAAAAUGGAAGAGAAAAUGAUGACAACUUUCAAAAUUGAUUGCAAAGCAGUGACUUGUUCGGUUUGCAAAUAUACUGCUUUUUCGAGUUCGGACAUGUGCAAAGAAUUGAGACAUCCAAUAAGAGUUAUUAAUACUGUGAAGAGAUUUUUCAAAUGUCGAGAUUGUGGAAAUAGGACAGUGGCGCUGGAUAAGAUGCCUAAACUGAGUUGUAACAAAUGUAAUAGUUCGAAUUGGCUGAGGGCUCCAAUGAUGGACGAGAAAAAGGCGGCCAUUCCAGGCGCGGGUUUGUCUAUUAGAGGAGGUGAAGAGAAAUUUAUUGGAUCUUAUGUGCAGGACGCUAAUCUCAACCUUCUUGUGCCAGAAUAAAAAUGUUUAUUAAGAGAUGAGAUUCAAGGGCAGUAUUUUUAUAUAUAUAUUUAUUGAGAAUUUUUUAUAAAAUGGAGAUUGAUUGAAGUUUGACGAAUUAGACGUUCGUUUUUGUGAUUAAACGGAUUUGUAAAAUAUAGUUCGAUGUGAAAAUAAAGCUUGACUUUAUACGAAUAAGCAAAUAUUUAUUUCUGGUAUCAAGCAAACAGCUGACGAAAUAAAUAAAAAAUGGUAAAAGAAAUAA